AGUAUCUAUCUGCACGAAUAAGAAGCAGCUUCCAGUGCAACAAUGCAUCGCUUCAAUCUAUUGCAGUGCUUCCUGUUCUGGACCAUCAACCUAGACCAACGCAGUCGUCUAUGCAUUCCGUCGAGAGUUCUGCUCCAGCCAAGACAUCAAAGAAUAAUCCUAAAUGAAAAGAUUACGCUGAUAUGUCGCUCUAGGCGUUGUUUCGGCGAUUAUCAAUCUUGCUCUCGACUGCUGAGGUCUGAUAAUCAAUCGGUUCAUUGGAAAAUGAGUAGUGAAAUCAAGAUUGUGCUAAUGCUGUCUGUGGUGUGUUUCAUUGGAGUGGAAGCAUGCGUAGGACCCCAUUGCUCGAUGGUGCUACCAAUGGGAGUACCGGGACCAACACUGCCAGUCGCUUUUGUAAAACAGCCAUGGAAUGUACAAACAUGGGCUACUUUUUGGAAAAAACAACCAGUGGUACAAAAAUGGAAAUAUAAGCUUGUGGGACAGCCAGCGUGGGGACCCAAAUUAGUAUAUCCAGUUUUUACUGGACCGCGUGCCCCAGGAAUGUUUUGGUAACGCUAUAUGUAGGAUCAUUGGGAAAGUGAUUGCUUCUCCAUUCAUGUUGUCUGCGAUUACCGAUGAGG